AUGACCAUAUUUGGUCAUGGGUCAACCUCCAAAAAGGAUAAUACAAUUGAUAAUGGCAAUUCAAAGCCUACAGCACUACUCGACGGGGUGACAACACCAGCACCAGGUUUUGGAAUUCGUUCAUACCUUCAUCAAUUUUAUCAAUCACCAGCUGUUGAGGACAUCGAAUCUGCUGGAGCCUGGUAUCUUUUACCACCGCCACCAGCACAACGAACAGGACUUUGGCUCUGUCGUAUGCUAACCGUUCUUGGCUUAAUUCUAUUAAUUGGUGGAGCAGUUGCUAUUAUUGUUGGAUACACUUGGCCUCAUGAAGGAGUUGAAGAAUCGAUUGCUCGAAUUGCUAUCUAUCAAGAUGAAGAUGGAAGCUUUUAUGUUCCACCGGAAAAACUUGCCGAAAUAUUAAAAGAUCCAAUGCGUCGUUGGAAGAUGUUUGGUUUAUGUACGUUUGCUACCGGUGCUGUAAUGCUUGCAUUAAGUUUGCUAACACCAACAUUGGUAGGUUCAUUCAAGAGUAAACAUUUAGCAGCAUUUAUGAGUGAAGAUAGCACACCAAAUGAGCCACCGAUUCGUCUUUAUCCGGCAAAUUCCGGUAAAAAUGAAAUGAAUCGUCAAAUAAACAAUAAUAUCAAUGAUAAACGUGAAAAAAUCACAUCUGAUUCUGGUCCAGUACCAGUACUAAAAGAAAUUACAAAAGUACAACCUGGUGAAGGUAAAAUUGGCUGCAAUGGAAAUGGUAACAACGAUGACAAUCAUUCAAAACAAAUUGUCACCGAUGAUCUAUUAUUGGGUGAUGAUGUCACACAACAACAAUAA